AUGAACACAAGACAUUUGCUCGAUGCUGUUGGGCCGAGUGUUAUCAAUCCUUACCUUCAAAAUACUUUUACUUAUCCACAUCGAGAGACUAACUCAUUUUUUAUUCCUCCUCGUCGUGUCUCAUCGACUCCCUAUUUGGAAGCCACGGCUAGAAAUCUCGUGAGUUUCACGCGAACUAUUCCCGAUAUCGCCGCGACUCUCCCGCGUCUAUCUGACAGUGUCUAUCAUUACCCGCGAGUUAUCCCUGGGGUAGCAUCCCGUAGCCGGCAUUUUGGCGGUCACUUAUCAGGACCGUUUCUAAGACACAGCGAGUUCCCUGAUGCUGUUCUCAACAGAAUUAGAGAAUUAAAUCUUCACUGA